AUGCUUGUGACGCUGGCAUUUCUUCUUUACAGCAGUAUCAUCUGGAUACUGCCAAAUUUUUCAUCUGCAUUAGUAAUCCCAUAUAUCGAUGAAAAUAUUCUAAAUCAUUUCGAUAAUGAUCCGUUUAAUGAAUAUAUAGAACAAAAUAAGAUAAAACCAUUCAAUUUGAAGAAAAACUUACCACCGAUCUUGACACCAGAUAAGAUUAAUGAUGAAAAUAGAUCGUUACACAAAGAUAUUUCAAAGAUACCUUCGUAUGUCAUCGAUAAUUGUCCCUUGGUGCAUCUAUAUUCCGAAGAAACAUAUUUCCCCGAUGAUAUCAAAGAAUACACCAAACAUUUUACUCUAAAGGAUUCCGAUGGGAAUUCUAUCAUAGAUACACCAUUAUCUUUACAAAAUUUGACUUCUUCUUAUAAAGUGAUUCACGAUGAUAAUGAGACUAUAGUAGAGAGCAAUUCCCUAUAUAUGACUUCCAUUGAUGAUUUUGACAAAGACCCUACUUGGUUAUUGGGGAAACAACCAGAAUAUGGUACUGGUUAUUUGAAAGAUGCCCCAGCGGUAUUGUUUGUUGUCGAUAAGGGGAACGGCUGGGUCGAUGCAUUCUGGUUUUAUUUCUACCCAAUGAAUGGUGGACCCUAUAUCAUGGGUUAUGGUCCAUGGGGGUCUCAUGUGGGUGACUGGGAACAUUCCCUAGUGAGAUUCUUUAAGGGGAAACCACAGUAUCUUUGGUUAAGUGCACAUUCCGGUGGAACAGCCUAUCAAUUUGGUGCUAUUGAAAAAUUGGAAAAAUUAAGACAUGACGAAGAUGGGAAAUUAACUCCCGAAGUCAUUGAAAGACCUUUGAUUUUUAGUGCAAGAGGUACUCAUGCAAAUUAUGCAUCUGUAGGUCAACAUCCUCAUGAUGUUCCCUUUUUCUUUAUGCCAUUGAGUGAUUUUACUGAUAGGGGUCCAUUAUGGGAUCCUUCAUUGAAUUUCUAUUCUUAUAUAUAUGACGGGAAUAAAUCUGUUAAACCAAUGAAUAAUCAAACUUCGGAAUUAGGAUUGAAUUGGUUACUCUAUAGAGGUACUUGGGGGGAUAAACAAUUGCCAGCCAAAGAUCCAAGACAGAAAUGGUGUCCUGCUCAAUGGAGAUAUAUUGAUGGUCCUAUCGGUCCUCUCUUUAAGAAUUUACAAAGACAAUCUCUUUGUCAAAGUAUUAAAUCUUGGAAACCAUUCAAUCAUGGAUGUCCAGCGAGAAGAUAUUUGAAACGAGGCAACGGGUUAACUGCAGAAAGAAACGAUUUGAUUGGUGAUAAUUGUGGGGUCCUACUUUAUAAUAUUAGACCAAAAUGGUUAAGAAGUAUAUUAAGGUUUGUCACAUGGAGGGGCGUUCUUUGUAAUAUAAUGGAAUAUUCUACGGGUUAA